AUGAGGUGUUUGUUCUUGGUUUUUCUUCUAACAAUUUCUGAUGUUUCACUUCUAUCAAACUCAAUCAUCGCGGUGAAUCCAAAUAAAGGGUUUAGCAUGAAGAUGAUUCCUAUACACUCCAAAGAAUCACCAUUAUAUAUAGGUGAUCAUUUAACAAGGGUCGAGAAGCUUCAAAGACUCGUCGAACAAUCCAAAGCCCACGCAGUUUACAUCGAGUCACAAAUAUUAUUCCAAAGGAAUGGAACACGAUCCAUGAGUCCGAAUGAUGUGCGUAUGCCUGCAAUUUAUGAACCAUCAGGGUUUUAUGUUGCAAAGGUUGGUUUGGGUACGUUUAGUGGUAGAUGGAAACCAUUUAUAGACCACUACUUGAUAAUUGAUACAGGUAGUGCGCAGACGUGGCUUCAAUGUGAAGGUGCCAUUAAAAUUUUCAAACAAGAUAUGCCACUUUAUCCUUGGAAUUUGUCAGCUACAUAUCGCCCUAUUCCUUGUAAUUCGCAUCAUAUCUGCAUGGGAGAUAAGUGCAAUGCUGAUGGCCAAUGCGCUUACUCAGUAACGUAUGGAAGUGGUUCAACUUCAUCUGGUAUUGUUGCUACAGAGAAGUUCACUUUGGGCUCCGAUACCGGUGGCCUUAAAAAUAUUGAAUUACAGAUGGGUUGUGGUUUUUUCCAAGAAAAUUUCGAGAAAUUUAUCGGCAAUAAUCAUUUACAUGGAAAACCUGAUCUUAUUACAGGAAUACUUGGUUUGGGAUCCGGACAAUGGUCUUUUAUAAACCAAUUAGGUGCCGCUGGACAAGGUAAAUUUUCCUACUGCUUUGAGGCUAUUAACGGAAAACUUGAGGGAUCCACCACAUAUUUAAGGUUUGGUGAAGACGCGAAAAUUGGAGGUACAUUUCAAAAAGUACAUAUAACUCCCAUUGUUGUGACUUCGUUUCCGUCGAACUUAUAUUACUUAAAUCUAGAAGAUAUUAGUGUAGGUAACAAAAGAAUAGGAUUUCCUAGAGAUACUUUCAAGGUUAGCGAUCAAAGAAAAGGUGGUGUUGUCAUAGAUUCUGGUACUUUGAUGUCCAUAAUGCGUAAAGAUUAUUUUGAUAUAGUUGCAGAAUUGGUAAAGGAACAUUUUAACAGGCUCGGAAUUGAAUAUAUUGGUUCACAACUUGGCUUUGAUGUUUGUUUCCGUCUACGUGGAAGAUUUGAUAGCAGUAACUAUCCUUCUAUUACACUACAUUUUCAGCAGGCCGACUAUGUUAUUCAAGAUUAUAAAGCUAAUUUCAUGAUGCUAACGGUAGAAAUUGUCUGUUUUGGCAUUCUCGAAGAGAUUAAGACUAGUGGACCAGCUUUUAUUUUAGGAGCAAACCAACAAGCUAAUAAACGUGGAGACAGUGAGAACGAGCUCAUUGUUCUUCAAGCAUUCUUUUUUACAGUUGCACUCCUUGUAAUUUACGACUGCACUGGUGCUGAGAUCCCUGCACUUUCAAACUCGUGUAUUCGAGGAUCCAGUGCUCAAUGA